AUGGUUGCCCUCGCCGAGCCGGCCGCCGGCGCCAAGCCUCGCUCGAGAGGCGCCGGCCAGCGUGAGCGUGUCAGCACCACAUCGCUGCCGCUGCGGAUCGACGGCGCGUGGUACGAUCUGUCGAGCUAUGCGGACGAGCACCCGGGCGGCCGCUGGCUCCUCGAGUACGCACGCGGCCGCGACGUGACUGCGCUCUUCCAUGCCAUUCACAUGAAGAACUCGAAGCUUGCGACGGCGGCACUGAGCCGUCUGCCACGCCUCAAGUCCGAAUCGUUGCCGCAGCCCAGCAGGCCGUGCCCGUUUCCGUCCGAGCAGGCGAGCGAAGGCACGUUGCAGGGUCCUUACGUGCUCGCCGGCCUCGAUGGCAAGCCGGUGCCCGAGGCGCCGCCUCUGCCGCCCAUCGAGUCGGAGCUGCGGCGGGAUCUGGCGGAGAUGCUGCGGCGCGAGUUUCCCACUCCGGCCUCGUCGAAGGCGUCCGCGGCGCACUGGGCGCGCACGAUUGCCGCCCUCGUCGGCACCGUGGCAUGCUGGGCGGGCUGGGUGCAAGGCUCGGCGCUCGCGUGCCUUCUGCUCCCAUUUGUCCACUGGGUGCUCAUCGCCCACACCGUACAUGAGGCGACGCACGGCAACCUGCACACGGACCCGCGGAUCAAUUUUUGGGCCCAGUUCACGUCACACCCGAUCUGCUUCAACGUCUUCGUCUGGAUCCCGCAGCACCUCCUCUCGCACCACCAGUACACCAACGACUACGAGCACGACGUCGACUGCCACCACUUUGCUCCGGCGCUCAUCUCGGACGCGAUGCCGCGCAUGGCGAGCGCCGAGUCGAGCUUCAACGAGGGGUGGACGUUUGUGUGGAAGGGCUUCCUCACCACGCUCGGCACCUCCAUCCUCCAGCCGCUGCGCACGCUGCGUGAGAAGCCGACGCCCAACUACGACGUCAACGUGACGCCCGUGCCGGCCGCGGUCUCGAAGCGCACGCUGUGGUUGUCGGUGCUGCCCUCGCUGCUCGUGCUCCUCUACCCGCUGCUCGUGUGGCUCCCGCAGGCUCCGCUGCUCGGGCUGUGGCUGCUCGUGUGGCCGUGGGUCGGGAUGAGCCUCAUCUUCACGACGAUGACGCAGGUGAGCCACGUGCAGCAGAGCUGCCAGCCCACGCAGGCCCAGAGCGGCUGCUGGACUGCGCGGCAAAUCCACGCGUCGCUCGAUUACUCGCUCGGCGCGGCGACGCCCAUGCCGGAGCAGCAGCUCGUCACCGCGCUCGCCGCCGGCCUCAACGCGCAGUCGCUCCACCACGCGAUGCCCACGCUGAGUUGCGCGCACUUCCCGCGCGUGUACGCAGAGUACCGCCAGAUCUGUGAGCGGCACGGCGUGACCAUCCGCCACUCGGAGAACGUCGGCACGGCGGUGCGCGAGAUGCUCGAGUACGUCUUCGAGAACAAUCGGCCGGUGGGCGGGGCCUGA